AUGCGCGACACCUUCUGGCAGACCGACUGUGGCAAUUUCCAAGCGGCUCUGGCCUACUUCUGCUCAUUUUAUAUCAUCAUCACCUACAUCAUGCUUAACGUCCUUGUCGGUAUGUUGCUAGGACUUCCAUAUUGGCCAUUUAGUACAUGUUUACAUCAUUUUUUAUAA